AUGAGGGGAGAGAGUUCUUCAAGGAAUGUCCGGUCUCGUCAUACACCUGAUUUAGAGACCAGCGUAGAUAGAAAUAAUUUGCCAAGAACCUCAGGCAUUGAUUCUCAUCCUGCACACCACAAUGUCAGCAUUUUAGCUCAGGUCCAUUCCCUGGUCAGCCAUCUCACAGGUUCAUUCCCCAGUCCCUGGAGGUAUGCAAACUCUCUCGAGAUUCAAAUGUUGUUGUCUACAUUCAUUAACCACAUUGACUCUUAUCUUGCAGAUAUAAGUGGCUUUAGUCCAGAGACAAUUAAUUUUCUUCCUUCAAGAAUUGUUGUCAACAGCACACCUGUUGAUACCUCUGGCUAUCACCAGGGGCUAAUUGGAAACAGAAACUCUACAGCUACCCACUGUUUAUCUAGAGAAAUCUGA